AUGGCAUCUAACGCGAAUGUCGGCAAUGGGUUGGAGCCCCUCUGUCGCAUCAUUACUCCUAUUGGCAUGCUAGGGUAUGGCUUCGACGAAUUUGAGAUCAAAUAUGCUCUGGAAUCUUCAAUUCAGAGCGGAAUACCCGCGGCAAUUAUUUUGGAUUCUGGCUCCACUGACUCUGGACCUGCAAAGCUGGCUCUCGGAACUAUGACUUGUCCGCGUGCAUCUUACGAAAGAGAUCUGCGAAAACUUGUCGCUACGAUAAUAAAAUAUCGCUUUCCGGUGCUCAUUGGAUCAGCAGGAGGGGAUGGAAGUAAUGCCCACGUUAAGGAGCUUGUGGAUCUCGUGAAAGAAAUAUUAGCGUCGUCUGAAUACAACUCUACUCAGUUAAAGGUUAUAGCAAUAUAUAGUGACAUCGACUGCGAUCUUGUGCUAGAACGUCUUGAGGCGGGAGGCAUCUCUGGGUGUGGUCCCUGUGUUCCUCAUUUGACAGCCGAAGAUGUAAAGGCCUCGAAGACUAUUGUUGGACAAAUGGGUCCGGAGCCUUACAUACGAGCCAUGGCUUCUCAUCCAGAUUUCGACAUCAUUAUCGGUGGCCGGUCCUACGAUCCAGCGCCAUACGUUGCUUUCAGCGCUUAUCAUGCAUUUAAUCAACGUCAUGGUCAAAUACUUUCCCUGGAUAGUCGCACAUUAGGAGGAUUCACUCAUAUGGGCAAGAUAAUGGAAUGCGGUGGCCUAUGUGCUACGCCUAAAAGCCCUUCUUGCCAGGCGACCAUCUACCGAGAUGGUACUUUUGAUGUGAGACCCCUUAUGCCCGGUGCUCUUUGCAGUCCUACUACCGUCGCAGCGCACACAUUAUAUGAAAAAUCCCGUCCAGAUCGACUUUAUGGGCCUGGUGGAUAUAUUGAUUUGUCUGCUUCCACAUAUACGACAUUAUCCGAUAAAUGCUCAGUCAGGGUUACUGGGACCACCUUUCACUCCUCGAAAGGCAGUGGCGACUGCUAUACAGUGAAAUUGGAAAGUGCUAAAAUCAUUGGAUAUCGAACUAUGUUCAUGGGUUCUUUCAUUGAUCCUAUUCUUAUUUCUCAGUUACAUUCGCUUUUACAUGGAGUGAAGAGCUAUGUAACUCAGCAGCAUUCCCAUAUCUCAGAAAAAUGGGAGAUUGGGUUCCAUACGUAUGGAUAUGACGAGGCAAAUAAAACCGCUUAUAUGGGUAAUAUUUUUGUAGUUGCUGAAGCAGUCGCCGAGACACAAGCAACAGCAACCAGCAUUGCUUCCACUGCGAGGGUUGCAUGCAUUCAUGGACCAUAUGAAGGGCAGAAAGCAACGAGUGGCAAUUUUGGUUUUGGAUUGGGGGGGAAGGGGGAAAUUGAGGCAGGUCCAUGCGCGGAAUUUUCGAUUUAUCAUUUAAUGGAACUAGAAGAGGAGGAGGAAGAUGCCUUUGAAAUCAAUCAACAGGAUAAGAGAGCGAAGAAACACCUAUUUUCCUUUGAGGCUUUACUUAUCGGAGUGGGAGAUCGUGUCCAGCGCUGCUCUUCACGUCUGCAUAAUAACUUCACUUCAACUCCGGGGGAUAUGUUUCCGCAGCUUACCCCAGACGAUGCGUGGCCAAACACGGCUGAGGUUCCUUUCAUUCUUCCCCAUACAGUCGGCGAAGCAGCAAAGGUCAUAAGGUCAAAAAACGCUGGUCCAUACGAAAUUACAUUUGACAUAAUCUUCAACAACAAGGAAACUUACGACUAUGUCAGAAAUACCGGCCUUCUUCAAACUGACUUAAUUGCAAAGUUGUACAAUCUCUCCGUUGAUGACAUUGUAUAUUGUGGGUUUUUCGACCAGGCUCUAGCAUUCAAAGCCACGAUUCCCCGCACCCGCAAUGGAAAACCUGUUGCAUCCGGCGGCUUCAUGGAAGAUGAUGUUCAUGGGUCACAGAGAUAUUUACCUCUUAUGAAUCUAAGACUAGACAUUAUGGGAUAA